AAGUGGGGAAGUGGACACGCAGCUGGGCUACAGGGUGGCUUUAGUGCCUCUAAACCUUACACUCACCUUCAAACAAACUGAGGCAGAAGAGGAAGAUGAAGAACUUGUUCCUCCUGCUCAUGCUAACUAUGAUGUCACUUCCUGCAUCUUCAGCCCGCAAGGCAAAGCGGCAGAUUGAUUUCUGGGGGGACUGGGGAGAAUGGAGCAGGUGCAGUCGGAGCUGUGGUGGGGGCAUCAGCUUUCGGCAGCGACGCUGCUACUCGCAAAGGACAGAUGGUGGGUCUAACUGUAUUGGACCAACUCGAAACUAUCACUUGUGCAAUAUUCAGAGCUGCCCUGAGGGCUCCAGAGACUUCCGAGCAGAACAGUGUGCUGAGUUUGAUGGGACAGAGUUCCAAGGAAAGAGAUACAAGUGGCUGCCUUAUUAUGGAGCUCCCAAUAAAUGCGAGUUAAACUGUAUUCCCAAGGGAGAGAACUUCUACUACAGGCACAAGGAAGCAGUGACUGAUGGGACACCCUGUGAGCCAGGCAAAUGGGAUGUUUGUGUCGAGGGGGUCUGCCAAGCUGUCAGCUGUGACAACAUGCUCAAUUCUGCCAAGAAGGAAGAUAAGUGCCUGCAGUGUGGAGGGGAUGGCAGGGCCUGUUACGAGGUGAAGGGUACUUUUGAUGUGCUCAGCCUCCCCAAAGGUUACAAUCAAAUCUUCAUCAUUCCCAUGGGAGCCACAAGCCUCCGCAUUAAGGAAGUUAUGCCCAGCAGGAACUUCCUGGCCAUCAAGAAUGUGCAGGGGGAAUAUUAUCUGAAUGGGCACUGGACGAUUGACUUCAGCCGAGACCUGCAUAUCGCUAGCACAGUUGUGCACUACGAUAGAGGCUCUGAAGGGGACCUGGCCCCUGAGCUGCUUCACUCCAGGGGUCCCACCACUGAGCCCUUAGUCAUUGAGCUCAUCAGCCAGGAGCCAAACCAGGGGGUGCAGUAUGAAUACUACCUGCCCAUGCAAGGGUACAGCUCGGGCUACAGCUGGAGCUACGGCUCUUGGAGUGAUUGCAGCUCAGAGUGUGGCGGAGGUUACCAAUCACGCCUGGUGUUCUGCACCAUAGACAAUGAAGCCUAUCCAGACUAUAUGUGCAGGGACAAACCAAAGCCAGCCAAUAACCGGACAUGUGGUCUUCAAGCCUGUCCUCAGACAAAACGGAUAUCUUACAUCUAUCUGCCGGGAGUGUGGAGCCACAGCGGAGCCUGGAGCUCUCAAAUGAAGAGCUGGAAAACCGGGGAGUGGGGAGCCUGCUCAGCCACCUGCGGGGGAGGUACCCAAACUCGCUCAGUUUACUGCAUGUCAUACGAUGGACAAGGCUCCCCUGCGGUGGUGGAUGAUGCCAAAUGCAUGGCCUUUGUGGAGCAACCUCGCAGCACGCAGCCCUGCAACAUGCGACAGUGUGCGACGUGGAGCACAGAGCCCUGGUCGGAGUGCUCAGCUAGCUGUGGAGAGGGCAUUCAAACCCGAACUGUCACCUGCAGAACUGAGUUGGGCUCUCAGACUCAAGACUUUGCCUGCCUGACAGAGCCUAAACCACUCCUCAGCCAACCCUGCAGCAAGGAGAAUUGCAUCCAGAAAAUUGGUUGGCACAUUGGAGCCUGGGGCCUGUGUUCGAAGAGCUGUGACUCAGGCAUCCGAAAACGCCAGGUCAUCUGUGCUGACGGCGAUUCCAAAUUCUACCCCCCUGAGACAUGCAAGGCCAGCCAGCCGCAGACCCCAGCCAUGCUGGGAAGCUGCAACACUCAGCCCUGCUAUCUGCCACAGCAGGUUCCCAGUAUGCAGGAUACCACAGGGUAUGACAUCAGCCGAGAGUAUUUGCUGACCCGCUACUACCCAGACAGUGGCACAACAGUUUAUAGCAAUGAAAGAACAGUCCAAGGUAGCGCCACACACCACCAGUUCCAGCCCAGUGAAGAUCAUAGCUCCAACUUCUUGCCUCUUCGUUGGGAAUCUCACUCAAGCUCUUCAGGAUCCCGGCAGUUCAGCUCCCAUCAGGAUAUUGCCACAGGAACUGGCCCUCGGGACUGCAGCCAGAGCCCUCAUGGCUGCUGCUCAGAUGGUCACACUACGGCUUCUGGCCCCUUUGGGCAAGGCUGCCCUUUCAGCACAUGCCAUCAGAGCAGGUAUGGAUGCUGCCCUGAUGGAAUAUCAGCUGCCCAGGGCCCCAACAAUGUGGGUUGCACGCAGUAUUACAGUGAUGAUUAUGUGAGCAGAAACAGGCCCACUGCAGCCUCCGCAGCGGCAAGCCAAGCUUUGUCCCAGCAGAACCCGUCUGAUGAGUGUCGAGGUUCUUUGUAUGGCUGUUGCUAUGACAACAUUGCUUCAGCUUCGGGACCUCAAGGGGAAGGAUGCCUCAACAGACCCAGCCAACCAUAUCCUGUCAAGUGUCUGCUGCCCAGUGCCCAGGGCCCCUGCACAGACUGGACCACUCACUGGUACUUUGUAACUGCUGUUGGCAAGUGCAACCGGUUCUGGUAUGGUGGUUGCCAUGGUAACACAAACAACUUUGCCUCAGAGGAGGAGUGCAUGAGGGCCUGCCAAGGCUCCAUGGGAACAAGCAGUGUGGGGCACCAGCACCACAGGGGGACUUCAUACAUCCACUCUGGCUCUCACCCACGAGAGGGAGAAGCCCAAGGACUCCCGCAGCCAUCUGCAAGAGGAACUGAGAGUCAUAGCCGAGAAGGAGGAACACGAGGGUCCUUCCACAUUGACCAACCUGGGCCUGAUAGCCAUACAGCAUGGCAGGGCACAAGGCUGCACCACAGGGAGAAUGGUUGGAGAAGGACCAUGAAUGUGGAUAUACUGCCAGAGUCUUCACAGAGGAAUGGCACAUUGGUUAGCCAGCACUGGGGUUCUCAUCACUCUGCAGCUCCUGGGGGAAGGAGGACGGACCAAUCAAGCCGGCUGCAUGGGAGAGGGGAAACAAUGGCGUCUGGGCACUCAGAGAGGCAGCUAACUGUCAAUGGGCAGGUGGUGCAGCAUGAACAUGAGCAGUGGCGGAGUUCCUCUGGAGCAGACAUUCCUGGGGUGGAUGGAUUUGGGCAUCAAACCUCACCAAGUUCCACCUUGCAGCGAAGCUUGUACAGAGUCAUCCUGGAAGGAGCUGAGUCCUCUGUAGUGGAGGCAGCCUUGGGACAGACCAUUCAUCUUCUCUGCAAGGCUGGUUCUUCUCCCUUCCCCAGAAUUGAGUGGCAGAAAGAUGGGAAGCCACUAUCAUCUGACAGGCAUGCCUACCAGUCUGACAGUUCCUUGGUGAUAAGCCGUGUCAGAGCUGAGGAUGCUGGGAUGUAUACAUGCAUAACUUCAAAUGGGAAGAUGGAGAGCAGACAAAUUCAGCUAAGGAUCAAAGAGGACCGUGGAUCUCCUCUGACAGAGGGUAUUAGAGGUCGGCUCCUUCAUGGUCUGAAUCACCAUCACAGAGAUCUCAGCAGAGGAGUUAAUACUGUACAGUCACCUGGUUCCUCUGUACACCAGCCGCUCAUGUACAGAUUAAUAAUGGAUAAGAAUGAUCCUUCGGUGGUGGAUGCGAACAUUGGGGAGCGAGUCAGACUGCCCUGCAGAGUAGAAGCCUCACCUGCUUUAACUAUAGAGUGGCAGAAGGAUGGGCAGCCUGUUUCCUCUUCCAGGCACAGGCAGCAGUCAGAUGGUGCCCUGGUGAUCAGUCAUGUUGGCUCUGAAGAUGCUGGCUUCUACACCUGCAUUGCUUCGAAUGGCCGUGACCAGAAUCAACGGCGGGUCCAGCUUCAGACUCUAGGAGAGCUGAGGAUCACGGGUCUGCUGCCAAGCCUCACUGUGUCUGAGGGAGACAAUGCCCAGCUCCAAUGCAUGGUGGCAGGCAACAAUGUGAACGUAAGAUGGUCAAGGAAUGGAGUUCCAAUGCGAGCAGAUGGUUACCGCAUCCACCUGUCACAGGAUGGAAGCCUGAUUAUAAACAAUGCUCAGGCCAGUGACGAGGGAUCCUACACAUGCAAUGCCUACAGGGGGAGCAACUCUGUCAGUGCCAGCUCUGAGGUGAAAGUGAUCAAGAGCAGGCCUGAAGCUGUGAACCUGAACAGCGAGUGUGUUGACCAGCCACACCUUGCCAAUUGUGAUCUGAUCUUGCAGGCCCAGCUCUGCACUAAUGAGUAUUACUCCAGCUUCUGCUGUGCCAGCUGUUCUCAGUACCAACCCCAGGCCAACCCUUCUCGCCACCAGGGAUGAGAAUCAGCUCUAGCCCAGCUCCCAAGAGAAGGCAGCCUAGGACGAUUACUGGACAGGAACAGGGACUUUGUCCUUUUUACUCCCAAAACAAUCUAGGAGCCUCGUUCUGAUCAUAACUCAGGUGGGCUGUUUUGCCAAUAUACGAAUGCUACUCAGUGUAAUUGUUCAGAGGCAGCAGAAGCUCCACUGUCCCAAACACAUCAUAUCCCCUUGUUUUUACACAUGCUUUGCUGUAACAGCACCUGCCUUCAUUCACAGAAGAAAUGCUAAGAACCAAAGAAUCCUGUUAGGCUUCUCUAAAGUGACAGGCAGUGUGAAAGAGAGGGAGAUACACUUCAUGCAAGAGAAAGCCUUCCUAAAAACAAAAUCUGUGAGCCACUUGGAGAAAGACAACUGCCACCCAGCUAAUGCCCUGAACAGCGAGGCUGCAUAGACAGUGUGGUGGGCACUGAAGGGGCCAGAACAUAUUACAUGUAAACAUGGUGUUCCAAUCCCAUGACAGCCUCCAAUGUUUCUCUAUUUCUUUCAUCUUAACACACUUUACAAACAGAACUCUGGGCACAGGUCAUUUCAGCCUCCACUGAAACAUGGCCAGUUUCGGGAAGAAACAGAUAUUACUUAACUGCUUACAGCAACAGGGGCAUUUCAGGUGGGCCAAGUCCCUGUGCUUUAACCAUCCCUGCACUUAGAGAAGCAGGGUCCUGGUUUUUAUAAUUCAUCCAACACCACAGCACCAUGAUGGGGCUUAGUGCAAACACUACUUUCUGCCAACUGACUCACUAGUGCUUUAGAGCUCUGUCCUUGCUUAACUGCCAGGAGACUACAUGUCCUUUAGGACUCCACCCUCUCCGAGCUGUGGAGGAAGUCAUUCCAUCAGUGUGGUAUUACAGGUAAGGAAUUCCACAUACAGUGUAAAUAAAACAGAAGCAUUCAUCAUUCUGUGACCAACAAAGGGUGCCACCAUCAAAUGCAUACACAGGACUGUGAAAGAAAACUGAGGUGCCUUGCUUAAGCCAAGACAGGGCAACAUCCCAAAACAGAAUUACCACCUCCUAUGCUAGUGUAUUAUGUUUAAAGCUUCCUCUAGAGAGUUACAGGCUUAUAUAGCAUCCUCUCCUUGUUCCAAUGUGCCUGCAGUAACUUGAGUGAGUUGGUCAGCUAUACCACUACACAGUAUAUUCCAGCAUGUGUAGAGGCCCAACCUACUCAGUGUUACUGAACCUUUGGUAUUUUCUUUUUGAUUCUAUGCUGGGCCCUGAGGCACUGCUAUUCCCUCGCAUCCAACUGUCCAUAUUCUGUGCUGCUGAGACCAUUUUAUUAGCAUAAAACCGGAUUUUGGUCAGUUCAAUGGUCAAUGUGGGUUGUAGUGAAUAUAGGUGAAUGUGUGCUGGGUGCAUGCUGAGGUCUAAACUAGUCAAUUAACCUAAUAAUCCAUAAUUUGCUAGGAAAGAGUCUCUAUUUUCUACUCUUUAACAAGGCUGAGCAAAAUUUUACUGUAGUGUAUCUAUCUCCUCCCAUGCAGGGUACUAAGCAAAAUUGGACAUUCUUUGCUCCUGUAUAAGGCAGCAAUGAAGUCUGCAUUCUCUUCCUAGCCUUGUUCUGUGACAUUAGGCAAAUCCCACCUCUUCUCUGCUUCAGUUUCUCCAUUAGUGAACUAGGGAUACCACCUGCCACACAGGAGUGCUAAGCACUUUAAUUCACUCACGUCUGUAAAACACUUUGCUGGUUUGCAGUCAAGAAGAAAACAUGCGGAGAAAUAUAAAUUAGUGCAAUUCAAUUCCUAAAGCUCUCAAUAUUUGCUGGCUGUGCAUGUGCUCUACAGAGCAGCAGCAGGAGAAUAGCACUAGAUGCUAGCCCUGCCCCUUCUGAUUUACCAUUGCAAUGCCCUGAAGCAAACAUAUAAAGAAAAGUGAAUGAAACACAGUUAUAGUGAUGGAACUUGAUCCGAAACUGAGCGAUCACCACAUUUCCCACAGGCUGAGUUGAGGAGGAUUUACCAGUGUAACAAUUUCUACAGUAUAGUAUUUAAAACACAUUAGCAAGAGUCAACCGUUGGUUAAGUGAUAUGAUUUUGUAGCACUUAUGUAAGUGGGCAGCUCCUGCAGCACAAGAUUGGUGAUAAGAUCCACUUGCAGUAAAGGCCUUUUUGCUGGUGAAUGCAGCUGAUGUCACUGCAUCUAGUUUUGAUGAACUGGAGUCAGCUACAUGAAGUUGAUCAUACUCUCUCUUCACUGUAUAAAGAUGGAUGGUGGUCAGUUUCAGUAUAGCUACUUGGAAGCAGCUGUCCAGAUUUGAUUUUUCAAAUACAGUUUUAUACUCUGGCUAUUUUCAAAUGGAUUCCUAAAUGCACCUGUUACUUCACACAGUUUUAAAAAGACAUAUAACCACCUUACAAAAUGAAUGAAGAUGUCCUUUCCCCUACCCAUUUUAUUCUCUAUUUGAGAAGUACGAGAUUUUGCUGAAGCUUUAAUUGUAUAAUAACCAAAUUAGCAGGCUGUUUAAUUUUUUGGGCUGUCUCUAGAAAUUAUGAAGUAAAAUAUGUUCACUGUUCAGGGAAGAACGUUAGUGCACUGUAGGAAGAUCAUAUUCUGCUUGGACUGACAUCAAAUGGUAGGUGUAGCUGUAUCAGCCAAAUCUGAAUGUUGUAUUCUCCUUGAUUGUGGACAUCUACAAGAGGAGUGAAAAGUUACAUGCAUGACAGCAUUUGUAUUUGACGUUGCAGAAAAAGCUGGGUCACUGUUUGAGGAAUGGGAAUGCUCAUGGUAUUAGACAACGCAAAGACCAGAGUUAAUGUUGCACGUCCAAUCUUAAACUCAGCAUUGCCUGACUUGAGAGCUUAGCCAUGCAACUUUAAAAUAACACGAUAAACAGACUUAGCAAGUGCUACUUUUUUUUUGGUUUCGUGUUAAGAGAAAAGCCAAGUAUUGAGGAACAUGGCCUAGAGCUAGGGUGGGUCUUACCCCAGGGUCACAUCAGGUUGUAGCAGUCACAGAAAGUACCAAUUUAUUUCAGUGGAAAAAUGAAAGCACAAGUUCCCUUUACCUAGCGUUAGUGUUUGAGACAAUCUCUCAUCAUUCAAGAUACAUAUUAUUGGAUUCAGCAGAAUGAUGGACUUUUUAGAAAGGGAAAUAAGAGCCACUGUUGUAUUUUGCUUUCCCUGUGCAGAGAGGCUGUGCACAUUCACUAACUCCCUUACAGCAUAGCAUAGGUAGCAGCUUACAUAUUUGUGGAAUAUAAAGAACCUCAGAAAAAAAUGGAGACUAGUAAGAGCAGCAAUUGAUUGCUUUCUCCAAGGGCUGCCAGGAUCUUCAUGUCUUUACAUUGGGAAAGAGAAGAGAAGGUGGUUUUUCUCUUAACGACACAUCAAGACUAAUAGCUUUGGACAUAACUGCCAUGGAACAGAAAGGUGUCAUCACCGCUGAGUCCAGAGCAUGGAAGCAAAUAAGCACCUAAGACAUUUACUCUGACAUGUCAGUCAGUGAUGCAAAUCAAGGAUCUCACCAGGCAGUGAAAAAUACUAUGAGUGAUUUUCAAAAUACUCAAAACUUCACAUGAAGUAAAUGAGAACCUUGGGUGCCCAGCACAUUUAAAAAUCAGGUCCAAGAGGUCUAGGUAACCACUUUUAAUAGUAUGUAGUAAAUAUGAGAAAAGCAAUUUAGCUGUUGAAAGAAUCAAUAUUUUGUUUGGCUUCCACGCCUAUCAGGCAAGUAAGGGUAUGAACUGAGUGCAUAGGCUACAAAGAAAGUGUGCAGAGGGAGAAAGGGUAUGAAAACAAGGAAAACUUUGCAAAAUGCAACCUUUCUACCACCAACAUUUAUUUCUGUUAAAGCAGAUUAUAAAUCAUCAUCAUCAGUACAAAUAUAUAACUUACUUUUGCUUGUAAGGCCAAAGUUUAAAAGUAAAGUUAAAACGAGAUGGAUUUCACAAGUCACCAGAGGCAGAACUUGGAACAGCUGCAGCCCUAAUCACAAGGUUUCACAAACAAACAAAAGUUGAAAAACAAAUCUAUUGAAAAAAAAAAAAA